AAAAGCACUGUUGCGUAUGUGGUGCGCUUAAUGACGAGCAGAUAUUAGGCUGUCCGUGAAUAUGCCUGACCGGAAAAUCUGUACAGGACCCUGAUUCCACGUCUGUCCCCAUUACACUGAUUGAUCGGACAAAAUGACUGUAGAGGUGGAAAGAAAAUUUGUUUGUAAUGCAGAAAUUAUGGGGAAACUACAGGAUAUUGGAGCUGAAUGCAUCGGUCAACGGCAGUUUCAAGACCAGUACUUUGACUCUCCAGAUUUCAUCCUAACACUAAAAGAUUUCUGGCUGAGAUGCCGAGAGGGAUUGUGGGAAUUGAAAUGCCCUGCAGUUUCAGGACCAACACCCGACAAUGAAACUCAGACCCUUUGCACACGAUACAGGGAGAUAACCAAUUUCCCUCUGAUUCAAUCAGAAGUCAGCAGGAUUAUCAGUGAACACGCUGCUGAAGGGAGUGAAUCAAAUUCCUCACAAAGGGAACAAACUGACAAAGUGGCAGAAAACGAGGACACAGAGAUCUCUUCAGCAGAUGACACAAAGUGGCUGACUGACCUCAAUCUCAUCUGUUUUGCUGAGUUCAAGACCGAGCGCUGCUCAUACAUGCUAGAGAGAGAAGGUGCAGUGCGGGUGGAUCUGGACCAGGCUGAUUUCGGAUAUUGUGUGGGAGAGAUUGAGGUUCUGGUGCCUGAAGGAGGUGACAUGAAUGCAGCUCUGCAGAGGAUUACAAGCACUGCUGCAGAACUGGGUUUAAGCUGUGAGAAGAGAGUAGAUGGGAAAAUGCAUGUUUACCUUCAAAAAUAUCGUCCAGACCACUAUGCCAAACUUCUUGAUGCUCAUAUUUUAUGAGGAAUCAUUAGUGUAACAUAUAAUUUGUAGUUUUUUAAAUUGUGAUUAAUUUAUGAAAACAUAUACUGCACAUCCUUAAUGCACUUAUUUAAAUGAGAAAAUCACUGUUUUGUGUAUAGAUGAAGUACAGAUAAAUACAGAGAAAGCAAAGUAUAGUAUGUAGCAGUGCACUGUGACAUUGUAUAAUAGCAGUUUGUGUCAAAUAAAGCAGAUAUUUGAUUUAAAAAAUGAUUUAAAAAUAAAAAAUCUUCUAUUCUCUUA